AUGCCAGGACCCGUUGCAUCCAUCGGUGAUCUCUUCACCUCCCUAGGCGCCGCGCCGCCGGUGCUGGGGGAGGAGUAUGCGAAGCUGAAGGAUGGGCUGCGACCAGACCCCGAGAUCCUGCGCGCCGCUUUCGAGCGCCUGCGCCUGCGCCUGCGCGCGCUGCGUUUGGAGAUGCAGGCGGCGCAGAGCGCUGCGGUGCCGCAGGUGGACUUCGCCGAGCUGCAAGCCGGGCGCUUCCCCGAAGACCUGGCAGCGCAGGUCCGGGAACGAGGCUGCGUGGUGGUGCGGCAGGUGGUAUCUGCAUCAGAGGCCCUGCAAGCAAAGGCGGCAACGGAGCAGUACAUAGCAGCAAACCCGGACAAGAUGCUGGGCUUCCCGAAGACAGCGCCCAUGGUGUGGGAGGUCUACUGGGCCAAAGAGCAGCUGAAGAUGCGAGGGCAUCCCAACAUGCUGGCGACGCAAACGGCCCUGAACCGACUUUGGCAUUGUGAGAAUGGCGCAGUGGAUGUGGAUCGGCCGCUGACCUACUGCGACCGGCUGCGCAUCCGGAAGGCGGGAGAUACUAGCUUCACUCUGGGGCCCCAUGUGGAUGGCGGCAGCACUGAGCGCUGGGAAGACGAGGAGUACCGCAAGGUCUACAGCCACAUCUGGAGCGGUGAUUGGGAGAGCUACGAUGCCUUCGAUGCCACCCACCGGGCAGCGGCGCGCUAUGACUUGUACGGCAAGAAUUUGGGCGCCUGCAGCAUCUUCCGGUCCUUCCAGGGCUGGCUGUCACUGAGCCACGCGGGCAGCGGCCGCGGCGCACUGCUCCUGGCGCCGAUUCUGCGGGAGGCCACUGCCUUCCUGCUGCUGCGGCCAUUUCUGGAAGAUGUGCCGGCCUCGAGCUUCUGCGGCGCAAACCCGGGAAAGGUGCAGGAUUUGUUCCCGGAGUUCCACCAGGAGCUUAUCGACUGCCUGGUUCCCAUUCCGGACGUUCAGCCAGGCGAUACCGUGUGGUGGCACUGCGACCUGAUCCACGCGGUAGAGGGCACUCACGGAGGAACAGAGGAUGCAGCAGUGUUCUACAUCCCGGCGGUGCCCUUUAGUGAGAAGAAUGCUGACUAUGUGAGAACCCAGGCAGAGGCCCUGCGGCUGGGCCGCACACCUCCGGACUUCCCGCCCAACCACUGCGAGGUGGACUGCGUAGACCGAGGUGUAGAGGAGGACCUGAGCGCUGCCGGACUGCAGGAGCGCGCGGGCGCAUGCGAAGGCAAAGUGGCGCCGCGCAAAGCGAUCGGGCCCUUUACCACGACCCCCUGCUGGUUUCCCAUGCGCAGCAUUUACAGGAAGCGCAGCUCCGAGGACCCGCAGUCGCAGCUAGACAAGACGCAGAGGCAGUUGGAGGAAGAGGAGACCAGACUUAGAGUACAACUUGACAACAUUACAGAGGAGGCGAAUCGCCGCAUCGAGAAGGGCAACGAGCACAUCUUGAAGCUCACCGCCCAGCUCAAGGAUCUUCAAGAGAAAGAGGAACCCGAGCUAGAGCAGCAGCGGCAGGAAGCCCUGGCGGCCCUGCAGCGGCAGAGGCAGAAGGCCAAGGAAGUGCAAAAGCAGGCAGAAGGCACCAGCGCGGUGCUCCGACAGCUCCAGGAUGAGGUGCAGCUGCUUCAAGAGCAGAAGGAGGCAUUGGUGGUUGCAGUUCAGGAGAUCUACAGCAAGCAGAAGGCAACCGUGACGCCAUCGACGUCCAUUGCUGAGGUCAAGGACCGACUGUUGCCAGAUCCGCUGUGA